CUCCUGUCACGCAGCAACCACAAUGCAACAAGUCUUAGAAUAUGCAUUGGAUCGGGCUGAGUACAUUGUUGAAAGUGCUCGUCAGCGACCGCUGAAGAGACGGGUAUGCUCAAGUGGAAGGAAAUCCUUAUAUCAGAAACUUUAUGAAUUGUACAUUGAAGAGUGUGAAAAAGAACCAGAGUUGAAGAAACUGAGGAGAAAUGUGAAUCUACUAGAGAAGCUGGCCUCACAGGAGUCAGUCUCAUGUCUGGUGGUCAACCU